AUGCCUCCACACUGGACCCGAUGCUAUCACCCGAUCCACUUUUUCACACACGCCCACCCGCGCAGUCACACUCCAACACCUCGGCUGCACCAACCGCGUGCAUCGCCUGCUCUGCAUCGUCUCGUCUGCAACCCAUCCACCAUCACCACAGCGGCCAGCAGCUGGAAUCAGCGCCUACACCACAUACGCAUCUUGCGCCGCGGCGCCGCAACGAUCUUUGGCAUGGCGGCGCCUAUCCGCAAAGGCGCCCAGCGCGGCAUCACUGGCAACCCCGGCGACGCUUCCGACUUCUCCUCGUCAUCCGUAUCGAUAGGCUGCGGAGACACACCACCGAACCUGCGCCAGCUUCGCUCCUCGUACCGCAGAUUUUUCUUCUUGCACGUGCUAGCGCUCGUACCUACCUUCGCGAUCCUGGUCGCAGCUCUUCUCGGCUCUCUCAAGGUGCGCGAGUUUUGCCAUCUGCAGGACUCGCCUCGAGACGCGCCGCAUACUUAUGCUUCACCAGACUCGGCGUUUCAGUCGGGAUACCAGAAGGGGCGAUGCCGUAAGAUCCUUGAUGCACAGCUGUUGCUGUCGACGCUCGCUCUCGGCGUGGUGGGCUGGCUUGCGUCGUACACCAGCCGAAAGGCGUGCCUUGCAUUUGCGGACCGCAUCAUACCCCGGCUCUUUUCGCCAUCGCGUCUGCUGUCCCGCUCGCCGCGCUUCCAGCUCCCCACGACUGAGAACGGACCGGGACGAGAGAGCGUGAUUGUGACCGUGGCAAUCGCGAUGCAGGCGUUGAUCGGCGAGUCGCUGCGCGUACUCUCGUUCUACUGGGCAUGCUGCAUCCUCGUCACCGCCUUAUACCUGUACCCGAUCCAGGAGAAGUAUGCGCAUCGCCCGUCCACGGCCAAUCUCAUCGAUACGGCAGCAUCCAUCACUGGGCCCGACUGGGCAUGGCGGCUCAGCUUCCGCGACCCGCGCUUCUUUGUUGCCGCAUGGUCGUCCAUCGCUUGGGCCCUGGCCGAGGCGAGCUUUGGCGCGUUCCAGAUCCUGCACCAGGUGGCGCUGUACAAGCCCGCCGACGUCGAACCUGCCGCAGAGAUGCAAUGGCCAGACUCGGAUGCCCUGCAAACGGAUCGGGCGGGCGUGGGACAGUCGGGUUUCAGCAUGCUCUCGGGACGUGGUCUUGAAUCGGCUCCGGAGCCGAAUCCAACGAGCGGGCGCGGGAACGGCAAGGCAAGACGCAUGUCUGCCUCCAGAGCGCUCGAACAGGCACGACAGCGCUUGGUACAGCCUGCGGGCGAUCUCAGCGCGCCAAGCUCGUACGGAGCCAUGGGUGCACUAGACGAGGCCGUCGAGCAAGUAGACGAAGAGGCCAUCGCUACGGGCGACGAGACCGACUCGCAGGCAAGCGCAUCAAGUUUCUCUUCCGAAACCAUCUCGCUGCUGGACCAGGAGCUGGAAGAGGAGGUGGAGCGCUUUCUCGUGGCCAAGGAGCGCUCCGAGGUCGAAGCGGUGCUGGGCGUGCCUCUGCCAGAGAUUCCUGUGGCGCUGUGUGCGCUGUGGCGCAUCGACGCCAUGCUGUGGAGCAUCGGAAGCAGCCUGCUCCUCUCGUCGUCGUUUACGCAUGCACAAGGAACGCUCGGCCACCUCUCGCACGACCGCUUCGACCUCUCGCCGCACUUCCAGCUCCUUCCACCAUUUGACGGGUUUGGGCUCACAUUCUUCGUGCUCUUUGUGCUGCACACCAUCGUUUCGUCGCUCUGGGCCACAUCGCUGCCAUUCCUCGGAUUCGCAACCACCACAUACGCUUCGCUGCUCUUUGGCCUCGCCAUCAUGGUUGCGGCCCUGGCGCGCUGGGGCUUGCUGAUCUAG